CGUCAUGAAGCGUCACUAACCUGCUGAAUUGUUUUUCUGCAGUGUGCGGUCGUCUGACACACAAUGAGCAGCUGAAGUUACAGCGAGCAUAAAGAACAAGUUUAAGUCAAGUACACUGGACAUGUCAGACCCUAAAACAGCUGGAGCUGAUGCUGGAUCAGUGGUGUCAGACCCUCAACACUCCCAAAAGCUUUUAAGGGUCCUUCUGUCUUUAAGACAAGAUGAUUGUUUUCAAGAUGCAGUGCUGGUUUUGGAAGGUGAACAGAUUCCUGUUCAGAAAAACAUUCUGGCUGCUGCUAGCCCAUACAUCAGGACCAAAUUAAAUUACAACCCACCUAAGGAGGAUGGAUCUGUAUACAAAAUCGAGUUGCAAGGGAUCUCGAUCACGACCAUGAAGCAAAUAUUGGACUACAUUUUCAGUGGGGAGAUUACUCUAAGUGAAGACACUAUCCAGGAUGUGGUCCAGGCUGCUGAUCUUCUUCUCCUCACUGAUCUUAAAUCUCUGUGCUGUCAGUUCCUGGAAAGCUGCAUUACUGCAGAGAACUGCAUCGGCAUUCGGGUCUUCUCUUUGCAUUACUGCCUGCACCACGUCUACCACGUGGCCACAGAGUUCCUGCAGACGCAUUUUCGAGACGUGGCCAACACAGAUGAGUUCCUGGAGCAGCCGCCCGAUCGCCUGUGUGAGCUGCUGUCCAUAGAGAAGCUCAACGUGGGGAAUGAAAAGCAUGUGCUGGAGGCCGUGGUCCGCUGGCUCGACCAUGACAUUGAAGCUCGGCGAGUCCAUAUGAAAGAAGUGAUGUCUGCGGUCUGGGUUCAAGGCCUGGACCAGUGCUACCUCCAGGAGCAGAUGCUCGGAGACUCCCUGAUGAGGGAGGUCAUAAGGAAUUGUUGUAUGGACUCGCUGCGAGGAGCAAUGCAGCACGGGGAGGCGCUGCUUGCUGCAUUUAAACCCCGUGGCUACUCCGAGUGUAUCGUCACAGUAGGCGGUGAGGAGAGGACCUCUCGGAAGCCCACGGCAGCGGCUCGCUGCAUGUGUCCACUUUAUGACCGAAACAGGCAGCUCUGGAUUGACCUGAAGCCAAUGAAUGAGAGGCGAAUUGGUCACGGGGUUGUGUCAGCAGAGGGGUUCCUGUUUGCAGUAGGAGGAAUGGAUGAGAAUAAAACUGUCUUGAGCAGUGGAGAGAAAUAUGACCCAGAGACCAACAGCUGGACCCAAAUCCCACCAAUGAUGCAGGCCAGACAGCACUUCGCCAUGGCGGAGCUGGAUGGGAUGAUCUAUGUUUUGGGUGGAGAGAACGAGGACACUGAGGUCCUUCUCACGAUGGAGGUGUUUGACCCCCAUUGUAACAUCUGGAGAACACAACCAAAAAUGACCACAGUGCGCAAGUUUGGUAGCUGUGCCACCAUGAAAAAGAGACUGUACGUGAUGGGCGGCGGAUCGUACGGGAAGAUUUAUGACUCUGUGGAGUGUUACGACCCCAAAACCCAACAGUGGACAACAGUCUGCCCUCUUAAGGAGAGGAGAUUUGGGGCAGUAGCAUGUGGCAUUGGACAAGAGCUCUACGUUUUUGGUGGCGUGCGGAACAGAGACGCCGACAAUCCUGAGUCCAGUCAGAUGACCAUCUGCAAGUCUGAGUUCUUCCAUGAUGAGCUAAAAAGGUGGGUGCUCUUAGAUGACCAAAACCUCUGCAUACAAGCCACAUCAUCUUUUGUGUAUGGAGCCGUUCCCAUUGGUGCCAGUAUAUAUGUGGUUGGAGAACUUGACACUGGCUCCAAUUUUGACUAUGUCCGGGAGUUCCGCAGAAGUACGGGUACCUGGCACUCCACCAGACCCCUCAUGCCCUCUGAUCUGAGUAAGAUCAGCUGUGCCGCCCUACGCAUCGCCAACUGUAAGCUGUUCCGCCUGCAGCUGCAUCAGGGACAGUUCCAGAUCCGGGUUCCAGCCACAUAAACAACCGGCAUCCUCACCACUGACUGUAUGCCAAUCCCCCGUCAUCUGCUGGUUUGGAGGAAGGAGGAUGCAGGGGAUUGUUGGAUUACAUUGGCUGAGGAUGAGGUUUGGUUAUAAUGUGACAAAGCUUGAAUGAAUUGUCCUGUUUUUUUUAUGUUUGAUUCCUUUUCUUAGAGGAUCAAUUAUACAUCCUUUUUGGUCCUUUUUUUACAUGACUCCAAAUCACAGGAAAUGUUGUUAAAUUAGACGGGACCUGCUCACUAUUUUACCUGCUUCUUUUGGAUAGUUUACGAUGUGUUUUACCUGGCAGUUGUUGUAGCUUGUUAUUUGACGCAAACAUUUUUGAACAUUGGUGAAGGAGGUCAAAAUUGCCUAUUUUAUACCGUCUUAAAUGUGGGUUCAGUAAGGGAACAAAUCAAGAACUAACCAGGACUUGUGGUAUGUUAGUAUCAAGCACAAUUAUGUUGCUAAUGUAAGUGUCUCUGUAGCUACUGUACAAUCAUGUGUUAGAUUAUUCAAACAAUAUAAGUCUUAAUAUUAGACUUUUCAGAGUGA